AUGUUGAGAAAAUUCAAAUGUGUUUUCGAUCGUGCCAGGGUGCCUGAGGUCAGCCUGCUGAAUGGAGUCGUUCAUGGAGUCCUCAACACCACUGGAUUGCGGCAUUUUGGGAAAGUCAAGGCGACCUCUGAAGAGGUGGUGGCCUUUCUGGAAAGAACGUACUGUGGGAGAAUCUCAGUGGAAACCACUCAGCUCCAGAGCUUGCAGGAAAGAGAAUGGUUUGCAGACCGAUUUGAGGACCUCAAGAAAGAGGCGUUUUCACCGGAGGAGAGGAGACAGCUGGCUAAACUGAUGCUUGAAUCACAGGAAUUUGACCACUUUUUAGCCACCAAGUUUGCCACUGUUAAACGAUAUGGAGGUGAGGGAGCAGAGAGCAUGAUGGGAUUUUUCUACGAGCUGUUCCGCUCUGCGGUGUACAGUGGAGUGACAGACGUGGUCAUGGGAAUGCCUCACCGUGGACGUCUCAACCUCCUCACCGGACUACUGCAGUUCCCUCCAGAGAUUGAUACUUGUUUCUUCUGGCUAUAUUUACUGUAUGUAGAUAGUAAACUGGACAGAUUGGCUUAACUUACAGUUUAAAACGUGUCUAGACAGCCUGCCACUGUAACAUAUACAGCGAGAUAUAUGCAGUCCACACAUAGAAAACGCAUUUAAAAUUUAGUGAUUUAAUCCUGGAGAUAAAGAGUUUUAGUACAUUGAAAAAAAUCGUAAAAAGAAAUCAUAAUAUUUGUUUUUAUAUACUAAAGGUAGCAUUUCAAGGGGCUUUACUUAAGACAAAAAACAAGACAUACAAAAAAUAAUAAUAAAUAAAACAGAAUACAGUGUACAGCCGUGUAAACAAAAAGAGAAAUUGCUAAUAAAAAAGAAUACAAAAUUAC